CUUUAGCCAAGCCAAGCGUGAGGCAUUUCGCGUAGCCAGCCUCCCUGCUAGAAAGAAGAAAAGGCGUUAGCUUUGGGGGAAUAAUACCACUUUUGGCACGAGGACGGAAGAAUCAGUUCGCUAUGUCCGCCGAAGCCAAGGCCAACGAGUACCUGGCGCAGGGCGAGAAGGCGCUGAAGAAGUCGUCCUUCUUCUCUUUCGGCUCGAGCUCGCAGCGCCAUGAGGACGCCAGUGACCUCUUCGAGAAGGCCGGCAACCAGUUCAAGAUCGCCAAGAACUGGCAAAAGGCUGCUGAGGCUUACGAGAGAUGCGCGCGGUGCCAAUCUCGUUUGAAUGAGAGUUCGCGUGCAGCCCAGUUCUAUCAACAGGCAGCGGAGGCUCUAGCCAAGGUGAACCCCAUGGAUGCCAUGGUUCACUUCAAGACGGCCAUCUCGAUGCUGUGCGACGCCGGUCGCUUCUCGAACGCUGCUAAGCUGCAGAAGCAGAUCGGCGAGAUCUACGAACAGCAGGACAACAAGGAGGAAGCACUUGAAGCUUACCGCCAGGCUGCCGACUACUUCUCUGGAGAGAACCAGUCGUCUUCUGCCAACAAUAUGAUGCUCAAGGUGGCACAGUUCUCAGCUGAACUGGAAAAGUACGACGCGGCGUUGGAGAUCUACGAGAGUAUCGCGAAGACUUCGAUGGAGUCGAACUUGCUCAAGUUUAACGCCAAGAACCACCUUCUUAACGCUGGUAUUUGCGCACUGGCCACCAAGGACAUGGUGCUCGUACAGAUGAAGUGGGAGGAAUUCCAGGAUAUCGACUACACCUUCGCAGACAGCCGUGAAGGCAAGUUCCUGCAGGCCAUGAACCAGAGUUACGAGGCUUUCAAUGCCGACGCGUUCGCUGACGCCGUCUUCCAGUUCGACACAAUCUCCAAGAUUGAACCAUGGAAGAUUACGCUGCUGCUACGUAUCAAGGAGAGCAUUGUUGGAGAGGUCGAUGUCGCUCAGGACCUGACCUAAGCACUCCACGAGGUUGCUACCCUUGACUUUGUAGAUUUGUGUCAGCAUCGCUUUGCAUUUUUCGAUCGACUUUAUGCUGGUGGUGGUCAAUAAUACAGACAGGGGUUUGCUAAUGCCUAAUCAUCGUCAUCGUCGCCA